GUUACGGGGCUGUGGCUUCUCAUGGAAUUUUCCGCCCAGGGGGUUGGUCUGGAAGACCUCAUCGCAGUGGUGCAGGGUGACACGCAUGGAGUGAUCGCAUCCAAAAUGGCCUUGGGCAUGCUGGUGCCUAUGGCUUUGGGCGUCUUGUGCGCCACAUGGUCCGUGAAAAUGGCGGGCUGCAUUUGGAACCGCUGGGCACCGCCGCCGGAAACUGGAGCAACGGACAAAGACUACAAGCCGAUUGCCCGAUUGUCGGUGUCCAGCGAGACGGAGCUGGCGCUCGCGGAGAUGACGACGCAGAGCUCCUUCAAUGGCGGCGAGCCGGAGGAGUCGAAGCUGGACAAGUUGGAACAGGGCAAAAGCAACGACAGCGUUUUAAGUUUGUCUCACGACAGCGAGUUGAUGAAGCCGAUCAAAGUGGGACGGAAGACUUUGCGUUCCACCAGUACCUCCGUCGACUUGGAUCUGCCCGAGUUGCACCAGUGCGGGACGAGGAACUAUCGCGAUCGAAGAAAUCGCUCCGUGUCGGUGGAUUCGAGCUCGUUGAUGGGGACCUUUAUGAGUUUCCGAUACAGUACGAAUCUGGAUGGACCACUUCGAAGAGAAUCAACUUCGGGUGUUCCCGGUGUUCCCCCAUUGGGCCCAUUGAGCCACCCAGGGGUUUGACCCGACCC